AUGUUUUCUUUUUCUGCUGCACAAACAACAUCUAGUGCCACAUGGCCCAAACACAGCCCCAUGCCCAACAACUACCAUCAGUUCCAGGCCUUGGUGUUUGCUGUCACGGAGAUCAACAAGGAUCUGGUUCUCCUCCCCAACAUCUCCCUUGGCUUCCACAUGUAUGACAAUGUCCAGUGGGAUAGGAGGAUUUCUUUAAUCAGCCUCCUUUUGCUCUCCACACAUGGCCAAAUGGUUCCAGGUUACAAAUGUAACCAGAAGGAGACCCUUUUCUCUGUCAUCGGGGGUGACAACCCAAAAUCAUCAAUGGUGAUGGCUUCCAUCUUAAGCAUCUUCAAGGUCCCACAGUGGAACUGGGUUGGACUUCUGGCCUCUGAAAGUGAGAGUGGAGAACAUUUCAUUUCAACUCUGAUGCCGAUGCUCAAGGAGAAGGAGAUCUGCCUGGCCUUCACUGAAAUGAUGAGACAUAAUAAUGAUAAUGUGCUCGAGUUCCUUUCAUAUUCCAAAACAUGGCUUAAAGCUGACAUCACUGUUUUCUUUGGAGACUCUGCAACUAUUACACAUUUUCAGUGGCUUCUGGACCAUUAUGUAUAUCACGAAACGGAACCACUUCAGAACGUUUGGAUCCUAACUUCCACUUGGAAACUUAUUGCAAUGGAAAAUAUAGAUAUAUGGCAUUCUCUAAAGCCCUUGCAUGGGGCUUUGCAUUUUAGGGACCACACUGGUGACAUCGCAGAAUUCAGCGAUUUCAUCCUGUCUUUAGAUCCCUUGAACCCACAAGGGGAUAUGUUUCUCCCGUUAUGGUGGGAAACGGUCUUCGCAUGUGAAUUUCACAAACCAGAGGGCCAGCAGGUCUGCUGCUAUCAAUGUAUCCCUUGUCCAGAAGCGACCAUUUCUAAUCAGACAGAUGCAGCUCGCUGUGACCCCUGUCCAGAAGACCAAUAUCCCAACAAGGACAAAGACCACUGCAUUGCCAAGAAGAUCCACUUCCUUGCCUACCAAGACAUCCUUGGAUAUACUUUAGUUUCUCUCACUCUUUCUCUCUGUGUGAUCACAAUAGCAGUUCUGGCAAUUUUCCUUAAACAUCGUGACACCCCAAUUGUCAAGGCCAACAACCGAGAUCUCACCUACAUCCUCCUGGUCUCCCUUCUGCUCUGCUUCCUCUGCUCCUUCCUCUUCAUUGGUCAACCCAGGAAGUUCACUUGUCUCUUCCAACAAACUACCUUUGCCAUUCUCUUCUCCCUGGCAGUAUCUUCUGUGUUGGCAAAAACUGUCAUGGUGGUGCUGGCCUUCAUGGCCACAAAACCAGGGAACAGCACUAGGAAACUCUUAGGAAAACAAUUGACCUACUCCAUUGUCUUAGCCUGUCCCGUGGUCCAAGCAAUUCUUUGUACCACCUGGCUGGUAACCUCUCCCCCGUUUCUCAAUUUGGACUUCCACUCCUUGGUAGGAGAGUCAAUCCUGGAAUGUAAUGAAAGCUCAGCUUCAAUGUUUUACGCUGUCCUUGCCUACCUGGGUUUCCUGGCCCUCAUCAGUUUCAUUGUGGCCUUUGUGGCUAGGAAAUUGCCUGACAGCUUUAACGAAGCCAAAUUCAUUACUUUUAGCAUGCUGAUCUUUUGUAGUGUUUGGAUCACCUUCCUGCCCACCUACCUGAGCACCAAAGGGAAGUCCAUGGUGGCCGUGGAGAUCUUCUCCAUCUUGGCCUCUGGGGCUGGUCUAUUAGCUUGCAUCUUUUUCCCCAAAUGCUACAUUAUCCUAUUUAGGCCAGAUCUGAAUCAGAGAAAAAAUAUAAUGGGGCACAAGAAUCUCUGA